UCGUGCAAUGCUGCGAGGGGAAGACCAGAAGCUGACAACGAGUGAGUAAUACUUCAGUUAGCUUUAGCAGAAGAGAAAUGGAGGAACCAUAGAGCAUUAAGGAUGAAUUCAGGAAGACCCGAGACCAUGGAGAACUUGCCUGCUCUCUACACUAUUUUCCAAGGAGAGGUUGCUAUGGUCACAGACUAUGGAGCCUUUAUCAAAAUCCCAGGCUGUCGGAAGCAAGGUCUGGUCCAUCGAACUCACAUGUCAUCCUGUCGCGUGGAUAAGCCCUCUGAGAUAGUAGAUGUUGGAGACAAAGUGUGGGUGAAGCUUAUUGGCCGAGAGAUGAAAAAUGAUAGGAUAAAAGUAUCCCUCUCCAUGAAGGUUGUCAACCAAGGGACUGGGAAGGACCUUGAUCCCAACAACGUUAUCAUUGAGCAAGAAGAGAGGCGGAGGCGGUCCUUCCAGGAUUACACUGGGCAGAAGAUCACCCUUGAGGCUGUCCUGAACACCACCUGCAAGAAGUGUGGCUGUAAAGGCCACUUUGCAAAGGAUUGUUUCAUGCAACCAGGUGGGACCAAGUACUCUCUGAUACCCGAUGAGGAAGAGGAGAAAGAAGAGGCAAAGUCAGCAGAGUUUGAAAAGCCUGACCCCACAAGAAAUUCUUCUAGAAAAAGAAAGAAGGAAAAGAAGAAAAAGAAACAUAGAGACAGGAAGUCAUCUGACUCUGACAGCUCAGACUCUGAGAGUGAUACAGGCAAGAGGGCAAGGCACACAUCAAAGGACAGCAAGGCAGCAAAGAAGAAGAAAAAGAAGAAGAAGCACAAGAAGAAGCACAAGGAGUGAGAGUGGAGAGUAGAGAGGGUGGCUGAGAGAAGGAAUCGGAGCCUGUGCUUUGAAGCCCUGGCUCCUAGAAAGACUCAGUGUGAGAAUAUGGCCUCCCACCCUCUUCUCUCCCAUGGGAGAUGGCGUCCCCUUGUGCCACAGGCAAGUCUGGGAGUUAGGUAUCAAAAGCAUCUGCCUGAA